UGCUUACAUUUUUUAAUACUCGUUCCUUGUCACCAUGUGCAGAAGCUUUUAAGCCUAUAUGUAACACACCCUUAAUUUCAAAAAGGAAGCUUUUAAUGAUCAUCUCACUCAGGAAGCUGAUUCAGGAGUGAAAGUUUGAAACUUCCAAUGGCUGAAACCAAUAACAGAAGUUCAAGUCAUUGGAAAUAUAUUUAUAGUUUUGCUGAUAAAGUGAAAAAAUUUCCAGAUUUAGCAAGGAGGACAGCAUGGGAGGUUGGUAAAGAGGAUCCAAGAAGGGUGGUUCAUUCUUUGAAAGUUGGUCUGGCUCUGACACUAGUUUCUUUGUUGUAUCUGAUGGAGCCAUUGUUCAAAGGGAUUGGCAAAAAUGCUAUGUGGGCUGUCAUGACUGUGGUUGUGGUGAUGGAGUUUACAGUAGGGGCAACUUUAUGCAAAGGACUAAAUAGAGGGCUGGGGACUCUGGUAGCAGGAUCAUUGGCUUUUUUGAUCGAGUAUGUUGCAGAUGCCAGUGGUCAGGUUUUUCAAGGAGUUUUCAUUGGUGCUACAGUUUUUCUUUUAGGAGCUGCAGCUACUUAUAUCAGGUUCAUCCCCUAUAUCAAGAAGAAUUAUGACUAUGGUGUUCUUAUAUUUCUCUUGACCUUUAACUUGAUAACUGUAUCAAGUUACCGCGUUGAUGAUGUUUGGAGCAUUGCAAAAGAUCGAAUCUCUACCAUUGCCAUAGGCUGUGGUCUGUGUCUUGUGAUGAGCCUAUUGGUAUUUCCAAACUGGUCAGGGGAAGACCUCCAUAACUGCACCAUAUCAAAGCUUGAAGUCUUAGCCAACUCCAUAGAAGUUUCUGUCAAGGAAUAUUUUUAUGAUUCGGAAAAACGAGCAACUCAAGAUGAUUCAUUCGAGGAUCCCACUUACAUUGGUUACAAGGCUGUCUUAGACUCCAAAGCUAAGGAUGAAACACUGGCAUUACAAGCAAGCUGGGAGCCAAGAUACUCAAUAUAUUGCCACAAAAUCCCAUUGCAGCAAUAUGUAAGAGUUGGAGCUUCUCUUCGACAUUUUGGUUACACUGUUGUAGCACUACAUGGAUGUCUUCAGUCUGAAAUUCAGACACCAAGGUCGAUUCGGAUCCUAUACAAAGACUCUUGCAUAAGACUUGCACGAGAAGUGUCAAAAGUAUUGAGAGAACUGGCGAACAGCAUAAGGAAAAAACAUCAAUUCUCCCCUCAAAUACUCUCUUGCAAUGUCAAUGAAGCUUUAAGAGACCUUGACAAUGCCCUGAAAUCCCAACCUCAAGUUUUACUAGGCUCUAGGAAUGGUAGAACCACCAACACGUCCUCUCCAACAAUUGCACAUCUUGAGCAAAAGUUUGAAGAAGAUACUAGAAUUUCAUCAUGGGGUAUUAAGAAUGAUCACUCUGGAGAACAACCAAAAGCAGGACAAGCACACAAGAAGGUUUUAAGGCCACAACUGAGUAAGACUACAAUCACUAGCCUCGAAUUCUCAGAAGCACUACCCUUUGCUGCUUUCACUUCUUUGCUUCUGGAGAUGGUGGCAAUUCUAGAUCAUGUUAUGGAUGAAGUUGAAGAAUUGGGGAAAAUGGCACACUUUAGAGAGUUCAGGCAUGAUGAUGAGAUUGUUGUGACUUGUGAAAGACCAAAAAUGAAUAUAGCUCAGAAUGACUUGGCUUCUUAUGGAACAGAAUAGUCAGUAGAAUCCUUAGGGAGUACUGGUGCAUAUUCUUCCUCAGCUUUUAAUGCCGAUACAAUCAUUCAUGUGUGUGAGUGUGUGAGGGAGCUUACUCAUUAGUCAUUUUUAUUGAGGUUGAGUGUUUCCACAGUUAUCAUGUCAAAGUCAGUUUCCUGAGUUUGUCAAUAUGUCUUGCUUCAAUUGAUUUAGUUAA